AUGGCAGUUUCCAUGAGAGAUGUGGAUCCAGCUUUUCAGGGAGCUGGACAAAAGGCUGGGCUUGAAAUAUGGCGUAUUGAGAAUUUUAAUCCAAAAUCUAUCCCAAAGUCUUCUUAUGGCAAAUUUUUUACUGGGGAUUCCUAUGUGAUCUUAAAGACAACCGCAUCAAAAAGUGGAGCUCUGCGUCAUGACAUCCAUUACUGGAUUGGUAAAGACACUAGUCAGGAUGAAGCUGGUGUUGCAGCCAUCAAGACUGUUGAGCUGGAUGCAGCUCUUGGAGGACGUGCUGUUCAGUAUCGGGAAGUACAGGGCCAUGAAACUGAAAAGUUCCUGUCUUAUUUCAAACCGUGUAUUAUACCUCUAGAAGGUGGAGUUGCUUCUGGUUUUAAACAUGCUGAGGCUGAAAAACAUAAGACACGGUUGUUUGUAUGCAGAGGGAAACAUGUUGUGCAUGUCAAAGAGGUUCCUUUUGCUCGAUCUUCACUCAACCAUGACGAUAUUUUUGUUCUCGACACUGAGUCAAAAAUCUUCCAAUUUAAUGGUUCCAAUUCAUCUAUUCAAGAAAGGGCUAAAGCUUUGGAAGUUGUACAGUAUAUUAAAGAUACCUACCACGAGGGAAAGUGCGAGAUAGCUGCCAUUGAGGAUGGAAAGUUAAUGGCUGAUUCUGAAACUGGGGAAUUCUGGGGUUUCUUUGGCGGAUUUGCUCCUCUUCCGCGAAAAGCAGCAAGUGAUGAUAACAAGUCUGCUGAUUCCCGCUCUCCAAAACUGCUUUGUGUUGAAAAGGGACAAGCCGAACACGUUGAGGCUGAUUCUUUCAAAAGGGAGUUUCUAGACACAAAUAAAUGUUAUAUUCUGGAUUGUGGGUUGGAAAUGUUUGUCUGGAUGGGAAGAAACACCUCUCUUGAUGACAGAAAAAGUGCAAGUGGAGUUGCUGAUGAGUUAGUAAGUGGCAUAGAUCAACUUAAACCCCAAAUAAUUCGAGUAAUUGAAGGAUUUGAAACAGUGUUGUUUAAGUCCAAGUUUGAUUCUUGGCCUCAGACCCCUGAUGUAACUGUAUCUGAAGACGGACGUGGCAAGGUAGCAGCACUUCUGAAACGUCAAGGAGUAAAUGUCAAGGGUCUGUUGAAGGCUGAUGCAGUAAAAGAAGAACCUCAACCUCACAUUGAUUGCACUGGACAUUUGCAGGUUUGGCGCGUGAACGGUCAGGAAAAGAUUCUUCUCCCAGCUUCUGAUCAGUCAAAAUUUUAUAGUGGAGAUUGCUUCAUCUUUCAAUAUUUAUAUCCUGGAGAAGAUAAGGACGAUUGUCUUAUUGGAACGUGGAUAGGAAAGAGCAGUGUUGAGGAAGAAAGAGCUUCAGCUAAUUCACUGGCUAGUAAAAUGGUUGAAUCAAUGAAGUUUCUGGCUUCCCAGGCUCGUAUAUACGAAGGCAAUGAACCAAUUCAAUUUCAUUCUAUCCUACAAACCUUCAUUGUUUUUAAGGGUGGGCUUGGUGAUGCAUACAAGACUUACAUUGCAGAAAAGGAAAUUCCAGAUGAGACAUACAGUGAGGAUGGUGUUGCACUAUUCCGCAUCCAGGGCUCUGGACCAGAUAAUAUGCAAGCUAUACAAGUUGAACCUGUUGCUUCUUCCUUGAAUUCCUCUUAUUGCUACAUACUUCAUAAUGGGCCUGCUGUCUUUACUUGGUCUGGAAGUAAUACAAGUGCAGAAGACCAGGAACUUGUAGAGAGGAUGCUGGAUUUGAUAAAGCCAAAUUUACAAUCAAAACCACAAAGGGAAGGUACAGAAUCUGAACAGUUUUGGGAUUUGUUGGGAGGAAAAUCAGAAUAUCCCAGUCAAAAGACUAGUAGGGAGGCUGAGAGUGAUCCUCACCUAUUUUGUUGCAACUUCUCAAAAGGAAACUUAAAGGUAACAGAGAUAUACAACUUCUCCCAGGAUGAUUUAAUGACAGAAGACAUUUUCAUCUUGGAUUGUUACUCGGAUAUAUUUGUCUGGGUUGGCCAGGAGGUUGACACCAAGAGUAGAAUGCAGGCGCUAACAAUUGGUGAGAAAUUUCUUGAGCACGACUUUCUGCUGGAAAAAAUAUCUCGGGUGGCUCCAAUAUAUGUUGUCAUGGAAGGGAGUGAGCCACCGUUUUUCACUCGCUUUUUUAAUUGGGAGUCGGCAAAAUCUGCAAUGUUGGGGAACUCAUUUCAAAGGAAGCUUAAAAUCGUUAAAAAUGGGGGUACUGCACCAGUGGCGAAACCCAAACGGCGAACAACUUCACACGGAGGAAGGUCUAGUAGUGUGCCUGAUAAAUCCCAGCGUUCCUCCCGUAGCAUGUCUGUUAGUCCUGACCGGGUUCGUGUGAGGGGCAGGUCUCCAGCCUUUAAUGCACUAGCAGCUACUUUCGAGAGCGCCAAUGCUAGGAACCUUUCAACUCCACCUCCAGUGAUUAGAAAGCUGUAUCCAAAAUCUACGACACCAGAUUCUGCAAUACUAGCAUCAAAAUCUAAAGCCAUAGCUGCUCUUACUUCUAGUUUUGAACAACCACCUUCUGCACGUGAAAGCAUGAUACCCCGUGCAGUUAAAGUGAGUCCAGUCACCCCUAAAUCAAACCCUGAGAAAAAUGAUAAGGAGAAUUCUGUGAGCGGCAGAGUGGAAUCUCUUACCAUAGAGGAAGAUGUGAAAGAAGGUGAAGCUGAAGACGAGGAAGGUCUCCUGAUUUACCCAUAUGAACGCCUUAAAAUAACAUCUAUAGAUCCUGUGCCGGACAUCGAUGUAACUAAAAGAGAGACUUAUCUAUCAUCUGCCGAGUUCAAAGAGAAAUUUGGGAUGUCCAAGGACGCUUUUUACAAGUUGCCCAAAUGGAAGCAAAACAAACUCAAAAUGGCUAUUCAGUUAUUCUGA